AGAGAGUAGGUACGUAGAUUCAUUACUUUAUUAUUCUAUAUUUGUGGCUUUUUUUGUAGCAUAGUACCAUGAAAAUAAUACAAAAUAUUAUAAAGCUGUGUAGUUAAAAGUAUUACCUCAUUGGAUCAGAAGUCGCAUUUUUCCAUGACUCAAAUAUUUCUAUGGCCAGAUGGCCUGUCCUGAGACGUGUACCGUUAGAACACAAUAUGUAGAAAUUUUACGUGAUUGGUUCAUCGAAAACGAAACCAUCGCAGACUGGACUAAAUUGGUGCUUGGCAUCUUAGUUCCCCUCAUUGUGGUAGCGGUUCUUUGGUGGUGGUUCAGAGAACAGCAUAAUGGACCGGUGACGGCUAGAACAGGGGGUACGCCCCUUCGUGGCCGGUCUGUUUCCAGACGACAAAGCUUUGGACACAAGACGUCUCCAGCGGAAUACACACGAUUUUCUGGCCAAUCUUCAGCUAAACAACAAAGCUAUCGAUCUGCGACCCCUUGCCCAUCGAGCGAAGACUUCUUUUCCCAGACUCCAGACAGACCACGCAUCUAUGGACCUGCAACACCUUAUCCAAAGGAUGAAGCCUCUAUUUACCAGACUCCAGCCAGAAGACAAGGCAUUAGUCCGGAGACAUCUCGUACAGAAGAUAUCCGUAUUCUUGAACGGUCUUCAACCAGAAGACAAGGUUUUAGUCCGGAGACAUCUCGGACAGAGGAUAUCCCUGUUCUUGAACGGUCUUCAACAAGAAGACAAGGUUUUAGUCCGGAGACAUCUCGAACAGAGGAUAUCCCUGUUCUUGAAUGGUCUUCAACAAGACCACGCAUAUAUGGACCUGCGACAUCUUAUCCAAAGGAUAGACCACCUAUUUAUCAGACUCCAAUCAGAAGACAAAAAUGUGACCCGGAAUCCUCUCAAACCAAAGAUGGUUCCUUUUAUAACCCGCCUACUCGCAGGCGUCUAAUCUUUAGUCCCGAGAUUUCUCAAACGGAAGAUAUUCCAGCUCUCGAACUGUCUUCCACAAGACGAAAAAGCUUUAGUCCAAAGACCUCUCAAACGGAAGAUAUUCCUGUUCUCGAACGAUCUUCAACCAGGAGACAAGGCUAUGGAUCCGGGACGCCUCGAACAGAAGACAUCGCAAUUUGUGACCAGAUGUCGGCCGACGCGCUGCAGAGUAUCGGCAGGAGCCUGUGGCGGGACCCGCGCCACAGCCUCACGCCCACGAGGGUCCUGGAGACACCCGAGCUCCUGGUGACGGUGUACCGGAUCCCCCGGGACGGGGACUCGCUCUUCGCCGCGCUGGCCCACCAGGUGUUCGGGGACGCGGUCGGCUCGGGCGAGCACGGGCGGAGCACGGCGAGUACGCGGGAGGCCGUCGCCUCGCUCCUGGCCGGGAACAUGGAGCGGUACGCCGACCUGGUGCUGCAGUCCGUGUGCCCCACGGAGGACGGCAGCGACCACUCCAUAGUGGAGGAGGAGAAGCUGUGGGAGCGCGUGGAGGAGCUGAGGACCCGAGGGUCCCCGGGUGGGCCCGAGGUCAUCCAGCUGGUGGCCGACGCCUGGACCGUCGACGUGGCCGUGUUCUCCGAGGGCGAGGGCGUCGCUGUGGUGCGGUCAGCGGAGACCGCCCGAGACACCAUCGGCAUCGCCGAGAGCCUCUUCCUAGACGCGGACGGCGUCUGGAGGUCGCACUUCGACAGCGUCAAGGAAGUUCAAAUAAAGGAUCCGUACCUUUAGCUCCACCCCUAAUCCUCCCUAUC